AUGUUUUUGCCUCGCCUUAUUGGGCUCGCUGCACUUUCUGUCGGUGUUGCCAACGCCGUCGAGCUAUCCGGUCAUGAAUACAUCGUCAUUGGAUCUGGCGCCGGCGGUGGACCUUUGGCAGCGCGUUUAGCACUUGCUGGACAUAAAACCCUACUGAUCGAAAGUGGUGAUGAUCAGGGAAAGAAUAUCAACUACACGGUUCCGGCAUUCUCUGCUAAGGCGUCCGAAGAUGAAUCUCUGGCAUGGAAUUUCUUCGUUCGGCACUACGCGGACGAGAAACGUCAAGCACUGGACUACAAAACCACAUAUGAGACCCCAGGAGGUGAUUUGUACACCGGUCUGACCCCACCAGAAGGCUCCAAGAUGAAAGGCACACUUUAUCCUCGUGUCGGAGGCCUUGGAGGGUGCACCACACAUAACGCGCUCGUCACCGUGUACCCACAUGAAUCUGACUUCGAAUACCUCGCAACACUCACUGGCGACAGCAGCUGGUCACCAAAAAGCAUGCGUAAAUACUUUGAGCGAUUGGAAAACAACCACUACCUGCUACCGUUGAUCGCCGGCCACGGAUAUGACGGAUGGCUCAGCACCCAAACGGCACCCAUCGAUCUCGUCUUGCAAGACCCUCAACUCUUGAGCCUACUGCUUGGCGGAGCCUUCUCAUUGGGCAACGUCACCCAUUCAGUCUUCAACUUGGCUACUCUUUUGGCUGGCGACGCUAACGCGGACUCCAAACUCCGCGACACCACGCCAGGAUAUUACCAAGUUCCUAUUGCCUCCAAUGGUGGCGCGCGAAACAGUCCGCUAGAAUUCCUGACUGCUGUUCGGGAUGCUAAGAACCCCGACGGAUCUAAGAAAUACCCUCUGGAUAUUCGUAUGAACUGUCACGCGACCAAAGUCACAUUUGAUGAAUCUGUUAGCCCGCCUCGGGCAACAGGUGUUAACUUCCUUGAUGGUCAAUAUCUGUAUAGUGCUAGCCCCCGGUCUAAGACUGCCGGCAAGGGAACCCCUGGAUCUGCCACCGCGUCCCGCGAGGUGAUUGUUGCUGGAGGCGUGUACAAUUCACCUCAAAUCCUGAAGCUGAGUGGCGUUGGUCCUAAGGAUGAGCUUGAAAGCUUCGGUAUUAAGGUGAUCUCCGAUCUUCCUGGCGUGGGAAAAAAUUUGCAGGAUCAUUACGAGACUGCAGUGUCCGCCCAUGUCCCCCAGAAUUGGACUAUCCUAGAUGGUUGCACUUUCGGUCACGGAAAUGAUCCCUGCUUGAAGCGCUGGCAAAAUCCUAUAUUGGGCAACCGCGGAAUCUAUUCAUCCGACGGGUUCGCAGGAGCUAUGUUCUAUAAGAGCUCGGUGACCGCAGAUGACAGCUACGACGUCUUUGUCUUCGGUGGACCUGUUAACUUCCGUGGCUAUUUUCCAGGAUACAGUGUGAACAUCACCGAGCGUCACGAUUGGUUUACUUGGGCAGUUCUGAAAGCACACCCGCGGAAUCAAGCUGGUUCAGUGACUCUUCGCUCUGCAGAUCCUCUUGAUAUGCCCGAAAUUGUGUUCAAUUACUUUGACACUGGCUCUGGGGACUAUGAGAAGGAUUUGCAGGCAAUUACCGAAGCCAUUGGUGUUGCUCGUGGCGCUUUUGACCGUCAGUUGGUUAAAUUGUCUGAGGUCCUGCCGGGUGUCGAUGUCCAAACUGAUGAAGAAAUACAUGACUACAUCAAAAACACCGCUUGGGGCCAUCAUGCCUCUUGCACCUGUCCCAUUGGAACUGACGAAGAUCCUAUGGCUGUUCUAGAUUCCAAGUUCCAAGUGCGUGGCGUUUCGGGGCUGCGAGUUGUGGACGCAUCCAUCUAUCCUCGCAUUCCUGGAACUUUCACUGCUCUUUCCACUUUCAUGAUUGGCGAGAAGGCGGCUGAUGUUAUAUUGGAUGCCACGAAGGCCACUCAGUAA